AUGACAAGUAAUAUUAAUUUUUAUUCCAGACGAAAGACUGCUUUUGCCGGCUGCCUGCUGAUUUCUCGGCAGGGUCCCUGGCGCUGCCUCGUGUGUCAUUCUGAUGUGAGACUGACAGUACCUUUCUCAAAAUACUGCCUUGUGAGUGUUGAUUCUACGAAUCUUGAUCUGAGGAAAAAUAUAGAUCCACGUGCCAGUUUUGAUCUCCUAAGAGCUCAUAGAAUAUUCCAGAAAAGCACUAUUUUCAAGAGAGAUGAGCAGUAUUGGCAUGGUACUCAGUGUGCCAGUGAAAUUGCAAUGGAGGCAAACAAUUCCUUUUGUGGUGUGGGCAUCGCUUACAAUGCAAAGGUUGGGGGUAUCGUCUUGCUCAAUGGUGCUAUUACUGAUGCUACGGAAGCCACGGCUUUCACCCACAACAACAAUUACAUUGACAUCUACAACUGCUGUUGGGGACCAUCGGAUAAUGGCAAGACAUUUGGUGGACCAAAAAGACUAGGCCAAAAGGCACUGCAGUUUGGAGCGAGAAAGGGGCGUAAAGGCAAGGGCAACAUUUAUGUCUGGGCAGCUGGCAAUGGUGGUUUGAACAAUGAUCACUGCGGAGCUGAUGGGUUCGUCAACAGCAUCUACACGAUUCCCAUUGGCUCGAUUACUCACCAAGGCUUCGCAGCUGAUUAUGGAGAAGCUUGCCCUGCUCUCAUGGCUGUAACAUUGACUGGUGCUGUCAAUAGUUUAAUGAAUGAUCUUCCUCUGGUGACAGCCACUAACAGUGUGAAGGGGUGUGAUUCACAUUUCCAAGGCACCUCCAGCGCUGCUCCAAUGGCUACAGGAGUCCUGGCACUGGUUUUGGAAGCCAACCCUGAUUUAAGCUGGAGAGAUGUACAACACCUGAUUGCAAAAACUGCAAAGAUACCCAACCCUUCGCAAGUGGGCUGGCACAUCAAUGGCGGGGGUUACCAUGUCCACCACAGGUAUGGGUUUGGACUUAUUGAUGCUGCCUUAAUGGUACAGCAAGCUCUUCUCUGGACCCCUGUAAAACCUCAGUGGAUGUGUUCAGAAGAAUUGCCUCUCAAGCCUGUGAUAAUUAUUCCAGCAGGCGAUAGUGUGAAUCUCCAUCUCACUACGGAUGCCUGUGAGGCUACAGCUAGAGCCAUCAAUACACUGGAGCAUGUGCAGGCUGUUGUUAGCAUCACCAGCAUCUGCAGGGGUGACCUCAGUGUUGACCUGAUCUCUCCCUUUGGAACAAAGUCACAGCUUCUGGGGACGCGAAUGUUUGAUAAGUCUAGUGCUGGCUUGAAUAAAUGGACCUUCAUGUCAGUGCAUUCGUGGGGGGAGAAUCCGUACGGCACCUGGACACUGAAGGUAUCGGACAACAAAAACACAGCAAAUGGCUGCCUUCGGCCCGACUCUGAAGCAAAAGCUGGAACAGUGCUACAAUUCAAACUUGUCCUUUGGGGAACAUUUGAAAGUGACAAAGAGUCAACUACAAGUGGAACAAUGAAGAAACAUCUCCAGUCCAAUGCAAUAAAAGAGUUGAUUAAGGAUCAAUACAUCUUGGAGAAUAAAGCAAGAGUGGGUCUUAAAGACAAACCUUUGGUCUCCAAGCAUAAGGGAGCUGAUUGACAACUUGAGAACAUUCAAACAAUGCGCAAUGAUGCUUUGAAUACCUUGAUUGAAUUGCUUUAGUACUAUUUUCCGAAUUCUCUUUCAAUAACUAAUAAAGAUUUAUUCCGCUUAUGGC